AAACUUUUAAAAUGUCAAGUGUGCUCAAGGCCACCAUGUAUUCUUGUAUAUUUUGUUAAACGUCUGAGUCCACUUCAAAAGAUGCUAAAGAAUAACAAAAGAAAUUGAAGUAAAAAGUUAUUUAAGAUUGGAACUCCGUGCCCAGCCUAUAUUAACAACCUUACCAUUAAGGGUCCCAAGAAAACUCAAAGUCAACGCUAAGCAAAAAGUUUUGUUCUUAAGAGCUGUCAUGGAAAGAUCUCAAGAACUCAAUGUCAACGGUAAGCAUAAAAAAAACAUCUAAUAUUGUAGAUUCCUUUUAAAUGCAUCUGAAAACAUGUUAUAUCAUUUCAGGUGACCAGAACUUAGAAGCAAACCUAAUAGACCAUGAGGUAAAUGACUCAUCCUCGGUACCUCAAACCAAGAACUACAAGAAGUGGCUCAGAGUCUCCAUUUAUGUAUUCCUUGUCCUCACCUGCCAAGCACUUUCUACAAUCCUGGGCAGAUUGUAUUAUGAAAACGGUGGGAAGAGCACAUGGAUGGUAACAGUUCUCCAACGCAUAGGCUUCCCUCUUUUGUUUCUAUACAAAUUCUUUUCACUAAACAAACAACAAGAAAAAACAGAUCCAAGUUUCAUAAACACCACUCUUGUAUUAGCUUACAUAUGUCUUGGCCUCUUAGCAUCUGCCAUCAGUUAUAUGUCUUCAGUUGGGUUGCUCUACUUACCAGUUUCUACUUUCUCCCUCAUCUUUGCCUCGCAGUUAGCCUUCACCGCCUUAUUCUCCUACUUCCUCAACUCUCAAAAGUUCACUCCUGACAUUGUCAACUCUCUAUUUCUCCUUACUGUUUCCUCUGCACUCCUUGUGUUCAACAACGAGUCUCAAAACAUAAGAAAUGUCUCAAGAGUAGAGUAUGUGGUAGGUUUCAUAUUCACCAUCAGUGCCUCUGCUGGGAUCGGACUGAUUUUAUCGCUGGUACAACUAAUCCUCACAAAAGUUUUGAAGAAACCUUCGUUCUCAGCGGUCAUGGACAUGGCUAUUUACCAGACAUUAGUUUCAUGCUGUGUGGUUCUGAUAGGGCUUUUUGCUAGUGGGGAGUGGAAACUUAUAGCAAGCGAGAUGCGAAACUACAGACUCGGGAAGGUGUCAUACGUUAUGACUUUGUCCUCGGCUGCUAUGUCCUCGCAAGUCUACACUAUUGGUGCUGUGGGAUUGAUCUUUGAGUCAUCUUCCGUGUUCUCCAAUACCGUAACUGCUGUGGGGUUGCCUAUAGUUCCUGUUGUAGCAGCGAUAGUUUUCCAUGAUAAGAUGGAUGCACUGAAGAUCUUCUCCAUCGUUUUAGCUAUAUGGGGCUUCCUCUCAUUUGCCUAUCAGCAUUACCUCGACGAAAAGAAGUUGAAGACUCGCCACACAAACCAUGUUGAGGAAGAUACACAAGUCUGAAUGUGAAAAGUAUGUGUUCCUAAACCACAUGUCUCAUCAUAAGAGAAAGAUAGUCACGCGGAACAAGCAACCAUUAGAGACAAAAGAAGUUUUGAAUAUAUUCAACCUGAAAUGACCACACAACUUGUGUGUCUAUGCGUGUAAGUUUUGCAUGUUGUGUUUGCGUAAUGUUGAUGUUUCUCCACUAAACCGGCAAAAGAAAACUUUUCUGAAUGAAUAUUGGCUACACAUUAUAUUCCUCCUUGA